AUGUAUAUCCAGAGGAGUCUUCUUCUGCUCGUGGCGACUGUGCUGAGUGCGCACAGCAUAUGGGCCAGGAGCGCAGCACCCAGGCAGGCAUAUGGCUACAGCAUGCCUCUGUGGCAGUUCCAGUUCCCCGAGAAACCUCCGACCAGCCAGGAUCAUCCCAACGAAGCCCCGGAGCCCCGACUCAUUGGAAAUGUGGAUGUGGGCUUUGAGGAUGAUUUGGUGGCUGAUCAACAGCUGCAACAGAUACUUCUUCUGUCGCCCGGCCUGAGUCCAGCCCAGUUCCUGCAACGCUAUCAGCCCCGGAGUCAGAGCGACGUAAAUGGCGGCCGCUCAUGGCUGGGCCACUUUAAUGGGAAAAAUGGUGGCAGCAGCGGUGGCAGUAGCGGUGGCACCACAUUCGUUGUAAUACAAGCGGGUAGUGUUCCAAAUAUCACCAAUACCAAUAACAACAUCAUAAACAACACGGCUACCAAUCCGGCCGCUGCUGCAGCGGCGGGCACCCGUAUUGGAGAGUUCAUUCGCAGCCCGAUCGCAUAUCCGGGAAGCACGUAUUUCCGCACGCGCCAGGACGAGGCGUCCUCUCUGCCAUACUCCGCCGGCCUGUAUGGAUGGAAUGAGGCUGCUCUCUAUGGGUCAGCCUUGGAUGGACGUCUAGGAGGAGGUUUGGACGGAGGAUUGGCUGGAGGUUUCAGCGGUUUGUCUACUGGAUUCGGUGGUUCUGGAUUUGGCAAUGGCGUUCCACUAGUGCCCAUUACCAUUGGCAACGAGGUACGCUACGUGCCACUCAACCUGCGCAUGUUCCGCCAGCUGGCCAGCAUCCCCAUCAGAGAGAACGAGGAGCGGGAGCGAGAGCGGGAGCAGGAGCGAGAGCGGGAGCAGGAACGAGAGCGGGAGCAGGAGCGAGAGCGGGAGCAGGACCGAGAGCGAGAGCAGGAGCGGCCUAUCGUAGAGGAUUUAUCCGUGCCAAUGGCUGACAAUUCCGAGCCCGAGGACCUCAUUGAGACUCUGACCAAUGGCGCUAGUGACACCCCAUCGAUGGCACCAUCGGACUUUGGCCGCUUGGGCCAGCGGCUGAGGCAGCGUCCCAUGAUGAGGAGGAAGCAGCUGCAGAGCUUUGCCCAGAAUAUUCGUCGAGUGCAGUAUCUUUGAGGCGGAACUCGGAACUCGGCACUCGGACCCCGGAACUCUGUCCUCCUAUGAGAAAGGAGAUCUAGCAAAUGGAAAUGUCUUUCUAUCUAUCUAAGCACUUUUUUUUUAUAAAUUUAAAAGCAAAUGGAAAAGAAUACGUAAUCGAAAUAAAACUAGA